AUUUCAGGAGGUGGUGAAAGUUUCAAAAGAACUUCAAGACUGGAGAGCAAAAGAAAAGACGCUGCAGAAGCGCAACAGUUGCAACUCAAAUGUUAUGCAGCAUUCAGGGCGAUAUAGGAGACUUGGGCAAGACAAGUGAUCUGGCUGUAUAUAUUUGAAGGAAACUGGAAGCUAUCCCCACAGUGUACUGCCGGAGUGCUGUCUGAAGAAUGCACGCCUCUGCUCUCUGUCAUGCAGCGGCUCUGCUCUUGCUCUGGGGAGAGUUGGGCUUUCUGUGUCUCGCUCAAUAUGAGAACUGGCCGUACCCUGAGGGCUACCCGGAGCCGGAACAGGAGCAGUACCAGGCUCCGCAGCUAUCUCCCGACACCCCCAAAAUCCAGCUCAGGCUAGCAGGCGAGAAACGCAAGCACAACGAAGGCCGUGUGGAGGUGUAUUACAGCGGGGAGUGGGGCACGGUCUGUGAUGACGACUUUUCAAUCCACGCUGCCAAGGUGGUGUGCAGGGAGCUGGGCUACAUGGAAGCUAUAUCCUGGGCACCUUCGUCAAAGUACGGGAGAGGAGAUGGUCGUAUCUGGCUAGAUAAUGUCCACUGUACCGGUAAGGAGCAGACACUGGCCCAGUGCUCCUCCAACGGGUUUGGGGUGUCGGACUGCAAGCAUACUGAGGACGUGGGCGUGGUCUGCAGUGACAAAAGAAUCCCAGGCUUCAAAUUCAUCAACACUCUGACCAACAACAUUGAGAGUCUGAAUAUCCAGGUGGAGGACGUCAGGAUCCGGGCGAUACUGGUCAGCUAUCGCAAGCGGGUCCCAGUGACGGAGGGCUACGUGGAGGUGAAGGACGGGGGCCGCUGGAAGCAGAUCUGCGAUGAGAACUGGAGCCCGCUGAGCAGCCGGGUCAUCUGCGGGAUGUUCGGGUUUCCUGGGGAGAGGAAGUUCAACACUAGAGUCUACAAGAUGUUUGCGAGGAGGAGGAAGCACAGUUACUGGGAUUACUCUGUGAACUGCACUGGGAAUGAAGCCCACCUCUCGAACUGCAAGAUGGGCCAGUCGGUGGUGCAGAAGAACAGCAGCUGUGUCGGGGGCAUGCCGGUGGUGGUGAGCUGCAUCCCGGGCAGAGCCUUUGCACCCAGCUCCAUGACCGGCUUCAAGAAGGCCUUCCGCCAGGAGCAACCCCUGGUGAGGCUGAAGGGAGGAGCCAACAUCGGCGAAGGGCGGGUGGAGGUGCUGAAGAAAGGAGAGUGGGGCACCAUCUGUGACGACAACUGGAAUCUCCUCUCUGCUGGCGUGGUGUGUCGAGAGCUGGGCUUUGGGAGUGCCAAAGAGUACCUGACAGGAGGUGUGCUGGGACAAGGAAUGGGCCCGGUCCACAUGAAUGAGGUGGAGUGCUCCGGCUUCGAGAAGUCCAUCACAGAGUGCUUCUUCAACAAGGAGUCUCUGGGGUGCAGCCAUGAGGAGGAUGCCGGAGUGAGGUGCAAUGUGCCGGCCAUGGGCUUCCAGGAAAGGGUGCGUCUGAACGGCGGGCGCUCCCCCUUUGAGGGCCGCGUGGAGGUCCUAGCGGAGCGCAACGGCACUCUGCAGUGGGGCACGGUGUGCAGCGAGGGCUGGGGCACCGUGGAGGCCAUGGUAGUGUGUCGCCAGCUGGGCCUGGGAUUCGCCAACCACGCCUUCCAGGAAACGUGGUACUGGCCCGGGGAGGUAACGGCAGACGACGUGGUGAUGAGCGGGGUGAAGUGUUCAGGGACGGAGAUGUCACUGUCUCACUGCCAACACCACGGCACCAACCUCCACUGUCCUAAAGGAGGGGCGCGCUUCGCUGCCGGGGUCUCCUGUUCUGAAACCGCCCCGGACUUGGUGCUGAACUCUCAUGUAGUGGAGGCUACGACCUACAUAGAGGACCGGCCCAUGUUCAUGCUGCAGUGUGCCCACGAGGAGAACUGUCUGUCCAGCACUGCCGCCAGCACGCCCGCAAACUCCUACCGACGCCUCCUGCGCUUCUCCUCCCAGAUCCACAACACCGGCCUGUCCGACUUCCGACCCAAGGCUGGGCGUCACUCCUGGGUCUGGCACGACUGUCACAGACACUACCACAGCAUGGAAGUUUUCACACACUACGACCUCCUGAACCUCAACGGAUCCAAGGUGGCCGAGGGACACAAAGCCAGUUUCUGUCUGGAGGACACGGAAUGUGAUGAAGGCAUCUCUAAAAGGUACGAAUGCGCCAAUUUUGGCGAACAAGGAAUCACAGUGGGCUGCUGGGAUGUGUACCGUCAUGACAUUGACUGUCAGUGGAUUGACAUUACGGAUCUCAAACCGGGAGAUUACAUCUUCCAGACUGUUAUAAACCCAAACUAUGAAGUAGCAGAGUCUGAUUACUCGAACAACGUGAUGAAAUGCCGGUGUCGAUAUGAUGGACACAGAGUCUGGAUGUACAACUGUCAUACAGGGGGCUCCUUUAGCGCUGAACAAGAGAGUACGUUCCCCGGACUCGAAACCAACCAGCUUUCACACAGGUAAAUAAAGAGGGACCAAGACGCUGCCUGAACGCGACGUACACAGGAGGCUCAAGCAAAUCAACCCAACCACUAAAGAAAAAGAAAGUCAUUUUAUUUUUAAAUCCCUUUUUUUAAUGUUUUAAAUGUUUGGUUUUUUUUUUAAAUCAGUGCUGGACAGUUUCUCCAUUUGGCUAGUUCAAGGUGCUCAUUCCCUGUAUUACAUUAAUAAAACAUGUCCCAGCUGGGCUUGCAUUGCCAGGUUAGGUGUCUGGAUUAAUGGAAUGACCUAAUCCUAGAAGUACAGUACAAUUUGCACAGACUGCCCGAAUAUAGGGUGAAAAAAUAAUGAGAAAACAAACAGGCAACAAGGGAUCGCAUCUGAAGUAUUAAAUAUAACGUGGGCAUUAUGCUUUACAUUGUAAUUCAAUUUUUCAGUCACGUUUACAUAUGAGUUUAAAACUUUACAGCAGGUUGUACUGAAUUUAAUGGAAAGCAGUGGGGAUCGACAGGCACUUUUUAAUGCAAGCCCUGUUUUUGUUUGUGAAAUCUGGAUGAUGUUUUAUUUUUUAUUUUUUUUAAACCACUGGGGUUUUUCCUUUCGAUUUUUAAAGCAUUAAAGCCAGUUCAUGCUUGAUAACCCAAGCAGUAAAAACAUAGUUGCGCUGAGUUUUUCCUUACAAAAUGUAAUUUAGGAAAGUGGAAAAUGAUAUGUCCAGUGCCUUGAUAAGUCAUACGAUUUAGUACCAACAGGUAGUUGGUGCUAUACUGGAAUUCAAUGUUCCUAUCCAAUGUAAAGUAGCACUCCAAUAAGAAGCUGUGUAUUGCACGCCAAAAUUAAGUAUUUCUUGCACUGGCAGUUAAACUAGUUGAAAUAAUUGGGACUUAAAGGCGAUGGCUUCUUUUAUGUUUCACAUUGGGGUGAUUCGUACUUGCCUACUUCUUUCAUCUAUAUCUCUGAGCCGUGAUAUCAAGUCAGAUCUACAAUGUGCAAGGUAUGUGUUGUACACACUGUAGCAACUCAGCCAGACUGCCACAUGUAUAUCUCUAUGCACAGAGAGGUAGUAUUGGGCAGCAUGAACAUACAGCAUGUGAUAUGUUGGGAGUGACAAGUUUACUACCCAUUAAAAGGUCAACCACUGAUUUACAUUUGAAUAUCACCGAACGUGCCUCACAGAACCUGUAGUGUCAGCGAUGAAACCUUCAACAGUAGAUAAAAAGUCCCACUGACUGAAAAUAGCAACCGUGUGCCACUAGACGGCAGCACAGAUACCUGGCUACAACACUGCCCCAAUCCAGCUAAACCCCCGAAACAGCAGUCACCCAAACUAUUCUCUGCAGUGUGCCUUUCCUCGCCGUGUCUCUCUUCUGGACUUCAAGAUUAAACCGAAGGUCUACCUUCAUUUAAGUCUUACCUACACCUAUCCCUUUUUUCAAUUUGUAUUAUUUUUUUUUACAAUCUUUCUUGUAUAUCUGUUUUAUUUUUUUUCCUAGUCUUGAUUUAAAUAUCUAAUCUGUUAUUAUAACAAGCAUUUAUACGUAACUUAUUGUUGUAAAAGUCAGGGAUUUAUAGCUGUUUUGUCAUUGUAUUUUUUUUUUUUUUGGUUACAUUUUUAAAAGCAGCAACUGGUAUGCGUGUUGACAGAUUUCUUUUGUUUGCUUAUUUUGUAAAUGUUUAAAUGGUGCUCAAUGUGAUCCUCUGUUUUAUGAGGACAAAUGGUUAUGUAUGCACAUACUUGAAUGAAAUCAAUAUUGUGCUUUUUCCCCUCCAUAAUAAUAAAGGUAUGAUUUAUGAAGCA